AUGGCGAACUCGGCAGGCGCGACGCCAUCGCAGACCCUGCAGCGACGAUUCAAAGGAUGCAGCAAGAUCGGCGAAUACGAAAUGAUGAAGAAGCUUGGAGAGGGCACUUUUGGUGAAGUCCACAUGGCGCGACAGAAGGCUACUGGCAGCAUCUUUGCACUGAAGAAGAUCUUGAUGCACAACGAAAAGGAUGGCUUCCCUAUUACGGCGCUGCGAGAGAUCAAGCUGCUCAAGAUGCUAUCGCACGACAACGUCCUCAAGUUGGAAGAGAUGGCCGUGGAACGACCAAAGACCGAGGGCAGGAAACGCGCCAUCUUGUACAUGGUCACCCCAUACGCAGACCACGAUCUAUCAGGUCUCCUCGACAACCCCGAAGUCCAGUUCAAGGAGGCGCAAAUCAAGUGCUACAUGCUGCAGCUGUUCAAAGGCCUGCGAUACCUCCACGAUAACCACAUCCUACAUCGAGACAUGAAGGCCGCCAAUCUCCUCAUCAACAACCGCGGACGGCUACAAAUAGCGGAUUUCGGUCUCGCGCGACACUACGACGAGGCGGUACCGCAACGAGGCAGGGGCAACGGCGAGGCGAAGCGCGAAUACACUACAUUGGUUGUGACUAGAUGGUAUCGACCUCCGGAGCUUCUUUUGCAGCUGAGGAAGUACACGCCGGCCAUCGACAUGUGGGGUGCGGGUUGUGUGUUUGGAGAGAUGUUCAAGCGCAAGCCCAUCCUCGCAGGACAGAGCGACAUUCACCAAGCACAGAUCAUCUUCGAGCUGGUCGGGUCACCAAAUGACGACAGCAUGCCGGGGUGGCGCGAUCUCCCUGGCGCCGAACCCAUACGCGCAUUCCCCGUUCACACCGGUACCAUCGCUCAACGGUUCCGCGAGCUCUCGCCCGUCGGACUAUCGCUCAUCAAAGACCUCAUGAGACUCGACUGGCGGAAACGAAUCAACGCCAUCGACGCCAUCGACCACCCAUACUUCCGAGAACAGCCACUUCCCAUGCGCGAGGAGGACAUUCCCACCUUCGCAGACUCACACGAGCUAGAUCGACGGAACGCGCGAGGCCAAAAGCAAGCACUACCACCAGCACCACAAGGCGGCACAGUAGGCGGCGGACCAAACGGCGAAUGGACCGGCCAAGGACCACCACCACAAUCAUGGCAGAACGGCGACCGAAGAUACGGCGGCCCACAAGAUCGAGGCCCCCCAGGCGUCGACAGAGGCCAAAGAGGAGGCUACGACCGCCGCUACGAACACCGACCUCCACCUCCACCACCAGGUGGUGAUCGCCGACCAAACUGGGGCAACGGCGCAGACCGAGGCCACAACGGUCUCCCACCACCCCCCGCAGACGGUCGUCACCCCCUCCCACCUGUCCCCCGCUACGGCCCCGAUGGCGCAGACCGCAGGAGACAACCGCCAGCUACCGCCGGCGGCGACACAUACAUACCCAGCUAUGGCCCAGAAGGCCCCCGCCGUUCCCGCGAACCAGACGAUCGACCUCGCCGCGGCUCCCGCGAUUCGGGUAACUCGAGAGAAGGAUACACAGAUGACCGCUCAGACCGCAAUCGCGCGUACAGAGAUCGACCUGAUCGGAAUGACGCGAGAGGCUUCGCGAGGGAACGAAGAGACGGACGGACACGAUCGCGCAGUCCAGACCGCAGAGACCAAAGACGCGAUAACAGGGACAAUAGGGAAAGAGACGCAGAUAUCUACCGUAGACGAUAG